AUGACUAUGUGGAAAUUUUUACUAAAAGAAAUUGUCGACCCAAUCACUGGAUUCAUUGAGAGAGACAGAAUAAAAGCGAAAGGAUUGACACUUUGGGAGAAGUUUCGAACGGAAGUGAGCGAUCUGAGAACAGCGACAAGUCUGAGAAAAAGAUUCAGUAUGCCUAGUUUUCCAACUCCUCAAUCCAUGAAUUUCGACCUGGAUAGUCAAGCUAAACUUCAUUAUGCUCUCGCUAUUCCAGUCGAUGAAUCCCAAUUAACCGAAUUUCUCGAAAACGCUGACAUAGAUCUUGAUGAAAGUUCAUGUAUUAUUCGGUACAAAGACAGAAGACCCGGGGGUUUGGAGCUUCGUCAGUUUGUGAAACAACGACGUAGGAGAAGGGAAGGAACCAUUGAUUUUGGAACACCGGAAGAGAAGAAACUGAAAAUGCGAACGGACACCGUUUUGAACGAUAGCUUGGAACAACUAAAUAAAUUUACUGAAGGAGAUUUCAAGUUAGAGCCUGUAGAUGAUUCUGGAACUGAAUAUGACGACGCAGUCUUCAGUGUUGAAAGUUCAUCCAAUGAAGACGAGCCAAUGCAAAACUUAUUGGCUACUCUUCAAGGUGUAAUCGAUUCAUCUAACUCCGAAAUGUUAGACUUGUUCAGGCAAACUGCUCCAAUAACCGAGAAAGACGAACAACACUCGAAUUCACAAGAUUAUCAGCCAGCUGGUGGCUCAACAGAAGUUAGCAUGACGAUGUACUUAGAAAGUAUGGCGUCCCUGGUUUCGAAUUUCCGUUCCCCACAUCUUGAAAAAACUCAACUCAAAAUUGGAAAUGCCAUCGAAAAAUCUCGUCAAGAAGAUAAACAACUUCCACUCUGUAAAGUCAAAAUGAUGAUGGAAGCGACGUUAGCCAUGAUGGGAUUUUAG